AUGUCGUCCUCCAGCAGCGAUAGCUACAGCUCCAACUCCAGAACCGGCUCCACCAACUCCGACACGUCCACCCAUCACAGCCGCAGUGUGCUGCUGGGUGGAGCGCAAGCAUGGUCGUUCGAACACCUCGAACACGUGGAAUUUGCCUUCCCCGAAGUCGAAAAUGCUCCGGCGUUGCCGAUCGACAUCAAACUGUCAUCACGCACAUCGUCCCCAGCGACCGAGCCUGCCAGCCCGGUGGCCUUCUCCUGGGACCGGCCAGGGAACAACGAAGUCACCGACUUCCACGUCGACGACACGAUCGCCCGGAACACCAGAGAGGAAAUCGGCGAGUCCAUGCUGCGAGAAAUGCGGCGCCGCGCCCUGGUCAGAGAAGCCGCAAGGCGUUCCCCGCCCACACCUACCCGUUCGACGUCCACCCCGCCGCCCCCCGAGCCUACCACCGAAGGGAGACGCCGCUUCCAGCGCAUCCCGCUGAUGGAGACCGACGACGGGAUCGAAGUGCCUCUCGUCCCGCUCAUCGGCCGUAUCGAGAACCUCGUCAGGUACCCGAGCUGGGCUGAACCGUCGCCGCGGGCACCGGCACUGCCAACCCGGCGUCCUGCCCUGACUGCCAACAUCCCGGUCGUUGCCGAUGGCGAUGACGAGGAUGACAAUGACUACGGCUACAACGACUACGGCUACAACAAUGACGACGAGGAGGACAAUGACAAUGACGGCGACAGUGUCGGUGUCGGUGUUGUCGUUGGCGACGGCGACGGCCAGGCUCAAUCUCCACAUGGCCAAUUUUGGUUCAUCAACGUGGCCAUCUUGAAUCAGAUGAAACGACGGGCCGCCAUCCAAUGCUGA